GGUUGGGUUGGUGUGCGAUUACGACCUGAGCAAGAAGAAAAAGGUGAUGUAGAAAAUGUCGACGGAGAUCAAGUAGAGGUGGUAGGUGAGCCGAGAGCAGAUCCGAUCGAGUGGAAUGUAGUGUAACCUAUUCCUUCUGGGGUUUAUAAGGGGAGUCAUGUAGCCAAACACAAAGCUGCGAUCGAGUGGGAGAGGAAGGCGAAGGGGAGGAGUGAUGAAGGUGAUCGACAAGAUCCGGGCGGCGACCGAGGGCGAUGGGAGGACGGUGUUCUCCUUCGAGUUUUUCCCUCCCAAGACGGAGGAGGGCGUGGAGAACCUCUUCGAACGCAUGGACCGCAUGGUCGCACACAACCCAACCUUCUGCGACAUCACCUGGGGCGCCGGCGGAUCCACCGCCGACCUCACCCUUGACAUCGCCAACCGGAUGCAGAACAUGAUCUGUGUAGAAACUAUGAUGCAUUUGACUUGCACAAAUAUGCCGGUAGAGAAGAUUGACCAUGCUCUGGAUACCAUCAAGGCCAAUGGGAUUCAAAAUGUUCUGGCACUCAGGGGAGAUCCUCCUCAUGGUCAGGAUAAGUUUGUUCAAGUGGCUGGUGGAUUUGCAUGCGCCCUCGAUCUGGUGCAGCACAUUCGGGCUAAAUAUGGAGACUACUUUGGUAUCACGGUUGCCGGCUAUCCAGAGGCACAUCCUGACAUGAUACAAGGAGAUGAAGGUGCUACACUGGAAGCCUAUAACAGUGAUCUGGCUUAUUUGAAGAGAAAGGUGGAUGCUGGUGCUGAUCUUAUUAUCACUCAGCUAUUUUAUGACACUGAUAAUUUUCUGAAGUUUGUCAAUGACUGUCGUCAAAUUGGGAUCAAUUGCCCAAUUGUACCUGGUAUCAUGCCAAUCAACAAUUAUAAGGGCUUCUUGCGAAUGACUGGGUUCUGCAAAACUAAAAUACCAUCGGAGAUUACAGCUGCUUUGGAACCAAUUAAGGACAAUGAAGAGGCUGUUAGGGCAUAUGGAAUUCAUUUAGGGACCGAAAUGUGCAGGAAGAUUUUAGCUCAUGGAAUCAAAACGUUGCAUCUUUACACAUUAAACAUGGAGAAGUCUGCAUUGGCCAUACUAAUGAAUCUUGGAUUGAUAGAAGAAUCUAAAGUUUCAAGGUCCUUGCCUUGGAGACGUCCAGCUAACAUUUUUCGUGUCAAAGAAGAUGUUCGACCUAUUUUUUGGGCUAAUCGACCAAAAAGUUACAUUUCAAGGACUGUUGGUUGGGAUCAGUAUCCACAUGGGAGAUGGGGUGAUUCUAAUAACCCAUCAUAUGGAGCUUUAACUGAUUACCAGUUCAUGCGCCCACGCUCACGGGACAAGAAAUUCCAAGAGGAAUGGGCAACACCAUUGAAAUCUGCGGCUGAUAUUAAUGAGAGAUUUAUGAAAUUUUGCCUGGGAAAACUUAGGAGCAGCCCUUGGUCAGAAUUAGAUGGGCUUCAGCCAGAGACAAAGAUAAUCGAUGAACAACUGUCACAGGUUAACUUGAAGGGUUUUCUUACCAUCAACAGUCAACCUGCAGUUAAUGGAGAGAAAUCUGACUCUUCUGCUGUCGGCCUCGUGCUCAACCUCAUGUUCUUCCAUUCUGCAGGAUGGGGUGGACCAGGGGGUUAUGUCUAUCAAAAGGCCUAUCUGGAAUUCUUUUGUUCAAAAGACAAGUUAAAUUUAAUCAUUGAAAAGUGCAAAACUUUGCCAUCCCUUACAUACAUUGCUGUGAACAAAGAAGGGGAUUGCGUCUCCAAUGUUGCACCAAAUGCUGUCAAUGCAGUAACAUGGGGUAUUUUUCCUGGCAAAGAGAUAAUCCAACCAACUGUUGUUGAUCCUGCAAGCUUCAUGAUUUGGAAGGAUGAAGCCUUCGAGAUUUGGUCAAGGGGAUGGGCCCGCUUGUUCCCUGAGGGUGAUCCAUCAAGGGAGUUACUAGAACAGGCACAGCGAAGUUACUACUUGGUUAGCCUUGUCGACAAUGAUUACAUUCAUGGCGACAUCUUUGCUGCUUUCAAGGACAUAUGAAGUGAUUCAAUCCAUCAAGUCUACCCAUUACCAUGACCAACACUUGUCUGUGAUUUAGCAUGUGAUGUCGUUACCUCAUAUAUGGAAACCGGGGAUGGUAAUCGGUCCACUGCACAUCGUGCAUUCCACUGGAUGCGUUAAAUUGCUUCCAGUUAUUACCUUAAAUUAUCAUUUAGUUUUCACAAAUAAACCGAUUGACCAGAAGUGUUCCUGGAGCUGCUCUGGUUUUGGGUGUGGAUGUUCUUUCUGUUGCUAUUGUUGUUUACUGAGCUUGUUGUUCCUUGAUGCCUUCAAGGAACUUAAAGUUGAAUACCAUGGGUGGAAAUGUUCAGGAGAAAUGUCACAAGAACUGGAUGUCUCGACAUUCAACCAAGUCUGAGUUUUAUGUCAUUUUAUGUUCUUCCGAGGAAACUGAAUUAGUAGUGUUAAUUGUUA